UAUAUUGGAAAUAAUAAAAUUGUAAUAGAGUAAGCCUAAACAGUUAGUUAUUCUAAUUAUAGAAAAGUAGAAUGACCUGAAUACAUCCUUCAAGGACAAAAGGACAGAAUAGAAAAGAAAAAAAAGAUUAGUGUAUUAUCUAUGAGAUAAGUAAGAUAUCAAACACCCGUGAAGAUAAAACACCAGGGCAGUAGUGUCGGCCAGGGUACUGGCCGAACGUCCUCAAUUAUUUCCUCUCUUCAAACAAUAGACCCCGCACACAUCCUCCUAUCUGAUGGAGGUAAAACAGUACUGCUAGACUUGCGAUUAGCCAUCGUAGAUACGACAGCGUCACAUCUCUACAACAAUCCUAUCUGCCGGCCUGCAGAUGAAUACAAGAAUUUGACAUUGUGUCCGUGGAGGACCGCGGGGUAUAUGACGACUAGAACGGGUCGAUCGCUCCUAUCAGAGGCUCGCUCCUUUGACACGGCGCAUGAUAAGUAAAGAUGAAUGGUUUGAUUGUUGGGUAGAUAAGAUACAAUCACUCUGAUAAGACCGAUAGGCUUAUCGGACAUCUCGUACCUCGGCGCGGGCUGGGGUUCAAAUAUACUUAGCAUUGCUGGCUUGUCUUCCGCACUGAUCAGUUGGCGAACUAGUGCUCCGGGAAGAGAAAAGGUGAAAACUCGGCCGGGUGUUUACAGGCGUAGCGAGUCGUCGGUUAUAACGUAUAUACAUGUGGUGGUAUUACUCUCUGUAGAUCAGUGUUGUUCCGCACUGUAUUUUAGUGUUAGACAAGUGUGGAUAUAUACGUCUGUCCACCAAUCAUACUCCCGGAUCAUACCUAUUGAUUAUCUUGAAUGUUUAUGUAUCAUAUUCAUCAUGACCCCGGAAAGGUCACCGCGCAAUUAUUUUCACUGAGGUCAUGGUGUCAUUGCGCAUAUUGCAUAUGUCAGUUGACAAGCGACCGGGGAGUUUAACACACUGAAGUGAAAAUAACACUUGGAAUAAUGUCGAGAAGAAAACAAUCAAAUCCAAAGCCUCUAAAACGUCAGUCUGACAGUGAGGAUGGGGAUGAGGAUAUGGAGGAGAAGCUAGGAUCUAAUGACGAUGAGGAUAUUCUAGACAAAGUGUCUCCCGGCCAGUAUACUGAGCUAAACCCGACAUCACCACUUACGGACAGUGACAAUAGUAAUGACCGGAAAUACCCAUCCGCAUCAGCAAGCAACAAUGAUGUCACUUCCGACAUUUCAAAUGACCGAACUACAGAUAGUUGUAUAUCUCCUUCAGAACUUGAUUUCCUCAAAUCUCUGAGUUUCCCGAGUGACAUCCUGAGCCUAAGGAAAGUUGAGGGUGAAGAAGCCCUCCGUGUUGGUCGGCCCUACGUCGUGUGUACCGCCAUCGCACUACAGAAGGGCAGCAGUAUAGGUCCAUUUCUAGGCGAGCACGUGUCUCUCAGUUCCGUCCGGCAGGGUGACCUCGUCUUACAGGCCCACAACGAGGACGGAGAACCGAGUUUUAUACGAGUGUUAGAACGAAGCGGAGCCUGGUUGUCAUUUCUGCGCCCUGUCUUUGCACAAUCAGACUGUAAUGCAUCUGUGUUUUUUGAAGGAGGAAAGAUCUGGUGCCAAAUGAUCGAGGACCUACCGGAGAACACCGAAGUGAUGGCUUCCUUCAGUACUCUCGCCUGUAAGGAAGAGUUGGUACCGGACAGUAAGGAGGAAGACAUUGAGAGGAAACAUAAAUCCGGCUUGUGUAGCCCUGUCAAACGUACACCGGAGGUUUCCGCCCCAGCAGCCCCAGCUAAACCAAGCCCGAGUCAUGCUGCCCUGCUUUUUGGCUGUCCUUACUGUGGCGUUCGCUUUAGCAGUGGCCGCACGCUGGAUGGACACCUUACCUAUUAUUGUUCAAAAAAGCCGCAAGACUUCUCAGUGGCAGCGAAGACAGUAGAACAAGAGCAGCCGUCACCGAGAUCAACUGAUGACGUAACAGAACAAUGCCCCGAACGAAAGAGAAAGAGUCCGUCAUCUCCUGAUAACCAGAAAGAUUUAUAUGUAAAGACAGAACCCGAAUCUCCGGGUACGACAUCUGGAACGGAGAGCCCGCCAUCUAAAAUGGCCAAACUAGCGGAACACUACAAAUGUUCAUUCUGUUCCUACACUGCAGACAAAAUGUCCAGUUUGAAUCGCCAUAUGCGUAUACAUAACCGAGGAGGGCGAUCUCAGACCGAGCCCCGCCCAGAUAGUGUACCCGUGCCAAAAUACGAAACUUACUGUAAACAUUGCAAUAUACAAUUUUCGUCGGUCAGUACUUUUAACUGUCAUAAAGAAUUUUAUUGUUCACGAAGGGCGGGAAAGAAUGACGGCACAGAAAAUGGAAGUGAUAAUAGUUCACCCUCGCCAAAUCCAAGUGCUAUGUCUCCAAUAUCGCGAGCAUCCAUCAUGGAUUCUGCAGAAUUAGCAAGGCUACACGGGUUCAUGGGCAACUCUCCAUUCAUACAUGGACAGACGCGCGUUAUAAUUGGACCUCCGAUCGUUGCGCCGGAAGGAGUGACCGGGAUGCCAACAGUUAUAGUACAGCCUGUUGUUUCACAAAUUUCUUCUACGGAAACUGCAGAGCCAACUGCUGUUUCUUCUUUAAGUCGGCGGGAAACUGAACUGCGUACAACAUCAUCAUCCGAACAACCUCUGGACCUCACUACUCCUAAAAAGCAGACUGAUAGUUCCGAGCAACACUCGGAUAUCGUGAAAUCCGAGCCGAAAAGUCCCAAUUCACCAUUGAACUUAAAAUCACCGAAAAGCCAAACGUCCGAGUCAUCUAGUCUGAGAGAAGAAAGAGAGACAACCCCUGGUCCACAACAGAUUAUGUCACCAGCUCUGAUACCGCCAUUGCUGCCGGUCUCCCAGCAUCCGUUCUUCAACAACAAGCCAGUUCCUCAGGUACCUGCCUCCGUUAGUAAAUGUAUUGACUGUAACAUCGUAUUCUACAAACACGAAAACUAUCUAAUACAUAAGAAACAUUAUUGCUCUGGAAGGAGAAAUAGAACUUCGUCACCAGGUACAAGUAGUGAGGACUCUAUAGGCGCGGCGUCUACUCCGGGUGCCAAAUCUGUUGAUCUCGAUAAUAGCAAACGAGUCCGCCAUUACUCGUCAGAAACUGAAAUCUCCGAUAAGUGUUCACACAAAUCAGUCAGCCCUGUGAUUCAAAGUCCAAAAUCAGACAGCAAGCAUUCACCUGAUGCUUCGAGGCCUUCGUCUAUCCCAGACGAAAUUCUGUAUCGCUUUUAUUGUGUUCCGUGUAAAAUCAAGUUCAGCUCCUCAAGCACGCUUAAAGCACACAAAAAGUUCUAUUGCCCUCAUGGUCAGGAAAGCGAACAAAGUGUACUACCUAAAAAGCCACUGGAAGAUCGGGGAAAUUCUCCUGUUAUCGACGACGGCGGGAAUUUUAAAUGUGAUAGAUGUGAUAGUAGUUUUAUCUCCGCCAGACUGCUCAAACUGCAUUUCUGUACCGGUAUCACGACGGCCACGCCUCUCAUGCGCUGUCCCUACUGCGACUUCGUUACUCACACGGAUGUUCGUAUCUCUGAUCACAUGAAGGUUCACAUGCCAAGCAAAGCCUACCGGUGUACGUUGUGUGGUUACCGGGGUAACACGGUUCGUGGCAUGCGUAUGCACGGGAAAAUGCAUGUUGACAGUGGAGAGGAAUUCGCUGACGAAAACAUGAUAGAGAUUGAGGAACCACCUUUAUUGCCAGUAAAGGCGAGACAUAUCACAGAGAACGGACCAAUCAAUAUGGAAGCUGAACUGAUUAGACUAAAAAACGAACCGUAUAAACGCAGACGGUCACGCAAAUCAUAUGAGAAAAGCGAGAAUAUGAUGAUUCACUCGGAGCGUCCGAUCAUGAACGCGUGCGCUCUCUGUGGGCAAACGUUUACCGAUCUCAGGAGCUUCGCCUUGCACAUUAGAAUGCACGAAGUGGCCGCCCUCCAGGCCGCUGCUGCUAACAGUCUAAAGUGCCAAUUCUGCGAGGACCUUUCAGAAAACUUCGACGAUCUGAUGAAACAUAUACAAAGUAAACACCCAGAUAAGUUUAUAUUCGAUCAGGCCAACAAUGGAACAAAAUCAGACUCGAGGUCGGAACACACAUCCCGAUCUAAUUCACGGGCAAGCUCUGCAAACUCACAUCCGGAUAGUGUCAACCAACGAGCGCUAAGUCUGUCACCAACAACAAGUCAUCGUGAUAGCAACUCCAAUAUAGUGGAUAUCAAACAGGAGCCGUCCGAGAACGGAUAUGGCUCUCCCAUGAGUGAUACUCACAGCAAAGCCUGCAUCAAAGAAGAACCGCAGGACUUCUCCGACAAUGUUUCAAAUAGAUCAAGCCUACACUCGCCUUUAAGCGAUUCAAAAAUACGAGAGAACGAUACGUUCAGAGAUGAAGAGGUUGAAAAAAAUUCAAACUCUGAUAGUUCAGAGAAAAGAUCCGAAAAGAAAUCUCCAAGCCCAGUAUCCUCAAGGGCAUAUUCCCCAGUCACGAAGCUUUCCUCGCCCGGUAUACAGAAAUCACCGACACUUGAUAAUGACUCGUUUGUCCAGCCACUAAACUUGCCUGUUCUGGACUCCUCUCAGAUGCUACCCUACUAUCACCUGCUUCCAGGUGUCGGUUCGAUUCCACGUCUUAUUCCUCUGGCAACGUCACCUCCUACCUCCGGUGGUACGCCUCCAGAAUCCCGGUCGGAGAGCUCGGGACCUCAGUACUGCAGACAUUGUGAUAUUUCCUUUAAAUAUUUCGCGACUUUUCUCGCCCACAAAAAGUACUAUUGUACAGCACGACCAGGGGAAGAGAUGAGUUCGCCAACACAGGCAUGAAUCUCGAGGUCGGGACAUUUCCUUACAUUUUGUGCCAUUGACUUUCUAACAAAUAGUGCUAUAUAGUUAUUUUAGUUAGUAUUGUCCCUUCGGACAGUGGUUUGACCACGUAGUGCUACAAAACACUGCCAAGCACUGGCGGGUAUAUAUUGUACAUUCCAUAGUACGGCACACCUUAUAUAUGAGUCCGUACAUUAGAACUUUACUUAAUCCGGAAAUAAUGUAUCUGAAGUUCUGACCGCGGUCCGUGUGUGUACAUAGCUAGUCAGGAAGUAACGGUGACACGACCGGUGUCUGCAAUAUGUGUGUGUAAAGUAGUGCUCUAUCUAGUCAGGCGUGUUUAUUAUACAGGACAAAUGGAUCAACCGACAAUUUUACGUACACUCUGUUUCAUUCUGUUAAAGUAAAUGGUUAAAACUAAAAACGGGUUUAGUGAAAACCGUAUCCAAUAAGAGUAAUAUGUAGGUAUUUAAUUUGAGGAGGAUUCUACGAUUUACAUUUUAAUACAGACAAUGACACUACCCUGUCAUUACAACAUUAGUGCAUUUUAGAACUAGUUUAAACUAUUUUUGGAAAUGUUAACGUGAUAAAUCAGACAUGUACAGAUAGAUUAUCAUUAUCCGCUAUGCUAGUCAGAAAACUUUUAAUCCUGUAGUAUACUUGUUAUCUCUGAGCUCCAGGAUUCAGGGAUUUCUACUUGUUGUUCAAUAUCUAAAUAAACAUUUAUAUUAAGUUAUUCCUAGUA